GUCCUUCACUUCUCCUUCUUCUUCUCUCCAUCUUCCUUCUUUCGUCUUCCUCAUCCUCUCCCCCCCCCCCCCCCCCCCCCCUCCAUUCUUUUAUUCGCCAUAUCUUGCUACGUCGGGAAGGGGAAUAAUGUCGGCACAGAUCGCGCCGCCGGAGCAUGUCUGCUACGUGCACUGCAACUUCUGCAACACAAUUCUCGCGGUCAGUGUUCCAAGUAAUAGCAUGUUGAACAUGGUCACCGUCCGUUGCGGGCACUGCACUAGCCUGCUAUCGGUGAACUUGAGGGGAUUAAUCCAGUCACCACUUCCUGUGCAAGAUCAUUCUCAGGAGAAUUUCAAGGCCCAAAACAUCAGCUUUCAUGGAAAUUACCCUGACUAUGGCACAUCUUCUAAAUACCGGAUGCCAAUGAUGUUCUCCACAAAAAGUGACCAGGAGCAUAUGCUACACAUGCGACCAGCUCCUGAGAAGAGGCAGCGGGUCCCUUCAGCGUAUAACCGAUUUAUUAAGGAAGAGAUACGAAGGAUAAAAGCAAACAACCCUGACAUAAGCCACAGAGAAGCCUUCAGCACCGCAGCAAAGAAUUGGGCACAUUUCCCAAACAUUCAUUUCGGACUAGGCUCCAAUGAGAGCAGCAAGAAGCUGGACGAGACCAUCGCCACGCCUAUCCCCCAGAAAGUUCAAGGUCUCUACUGAGACAUGCAGUCCUAUAUGAAUGAUAUUUUCAUAUUGUAAGUAACUUAAGGAAAAUUGAAGUUAUUUCUGAAUCAGUUUGUGAGUGCAUACAUAGAUCAUGAGCGAAUGAUAUGCAUGAAGUGAGAAAGAGGCAUAUGGUAGGUGCAUGCAGCUAGCUAACGUCCAUGCAUAUAAAAAACGCCCCUUGAUCGCCAGCUUGUUAUUUAAUUGCUUGAAAUAAUCACUUUCCUUGAA